GUGUGAUUGGCGAGCGCUGGGAGCGAAGGCAGAACGGUGUCUAUCUGGUGGGACUGCUUCUAUGCCACUCGAUCCUUGAGCUACGAAUCUGUGGAUUUUCUUUAUUAGUUGAUUAACAAUGGUGAAUGCAAAGGGGAUUGGAAUUAUUAUGCUCGUCGCUUUGGGAAUUGCGCCAUACUGUGCGCACAGUGUGCCGUAUGAGCCUCCUGAUGAUCUCGUGGAAGAGGAUGGAAAUCAAGACUUCUCGCCAAUAACUGCUCAAGAUGGAGAACAAACUCAAGAAGCACAAGAGAGUGCUCCGCACUUGGAACAAAAUCUCACACAACUCUUAGAAGAGGAAAAACCUGUUGAAACUUCAGCAGACAAUUUUUCUGUGGCACUCACUGACCAAGACUUGAAACAAAGCCACAACUCUCCCCUGACUCCUCUCAACCAGAUCGAAGAUUUGAAAGAGAUCCUCUCACUCUACCACCUAUUCCACACCAAUCUGUUAGUGCAGAUGACCUAUUUCAUCUUAUUCAAAGAUCCUAUGGUAUUCCAAGGUCAUCUGAAAUUUCUGGAGCAUUUUAUACUUUGAAUAUUCUUCCUCCUGACUUGGAUAUAUCAUAUGAACCCAAAGAGGCUCAGGUGCCUCCAAACCACAAUGAGGAACCUCCCUCCCAGACUUCCAUACAAUUGUCAGGACACAGUUUGUCCCAAGGUUUAGAGAACUUUUAUGAAACUGUAUCAACAGAAGCAAAUAACACUGUAAACUCUGAACACUCAAAUGACACAAUUCAACA